UUUCUCAGUAGUCGGUUCCCCUUUACAUAACGGCGCGGGGCGGUAUGGGCUCGGGCCACCCCCUCCGCCCGGCCGCCUGCCCGGACUGUCGCGGCCCGCGGUGGCGACGGCGGCGGCAGCAAAGUUUCCCCGGUGGCGGCCCGGGGGCGCAUCCUCCCGCAACUGUCAAGCGCUGGCGGCGGAAAUGAUGAGGCGCUGGCCAUUUUCCGAGCCUGGGUUUCCUGCCUGAGCCCAGCUCGAGCGAGCGAACCGCGAGCGAGGAGCCGGCGCGCGGGAGAGGACGCGCCCGGGGCGGGGGCGCGCCCGCCCCCUCGAGAUUUCGGGGGGCCAGGGGCGCGCGACGCCAUGGGCCGGCUGGGCCCGGACCCCAUCUCUCUCAGCUUGGCCACCCCACCUCGGUCUCCACCAUGAAUGGGCCAACCCUGCAACCGUCCUCCGCCUCCUCGGGCUCCCUGGCUGCAGCCGCAGCCUCCCCAACCCCCCGGGGCUGGAGCGAGUUCUGCGAGCUGCACGCUGUGGCCACUGCCCGGGAGCUGGCCCGCCAGUAUUGGCUCUUCGCCGGUGAGCACCCGCACCACGCGCCACUGCGCGCCGAGCUCGUGUCGCUGCAAUUCACCGACCUCUUUCAGCGCUAUUUCUUCCGCGAGGUGCGAGAGGGCCGGGCGCCAGGGCCACCAGGACCCCGGGCAACACCGGCGCGUGACUACCGGGAGACCCGCGGGACCCUGGCCAAGGCCGAGGCACCCCCAGUCGAGGCGGGCCCCACGGCCCCCACCCUACCCAAGGCCCGCAGUUCCGAGGAGCUGGCACUGCAGCGGCUGCCCGGUUCCUACUCCUUCCAGCACUUUCGCCGCAGCCUUCGCCACAUCUUCCGCCGCCGGUCUGCCGGGGAGCUGCCAGCGGCCACUGCCGCUGGUGCUGCUGGGGAGGCCAGCGAGGCCCCGACUAGGCCCAGCCUGGCUAAGAAGCUCCUGCCCUGGAGUCUGGCCCGAGAGCCACCGCCUGAGGCCCUGAAAGAGGGGGUGCUGCGGUACAGCCUGGCCGAUGAGGCCUCCAUGGACAGCGGGGCACGCUGGCAACGUGGGAGGCUGGUGCUGCGCAGGGCCCCAGGCCCAGACAGCGGAGUCCCUGACCGUGUGUUAGAGCUCUUCGACCCGCCCAAGAGUUCAAAGCCCAAACUUCAGGCAGUCUGCUCCAGCAUCCAGGAGGUUCGCCGAUGCACACAGCUGGAGAUGCCUGACAAUCUCUACACGUUUGUGUUGAAGGUGAAGGACCGGACAGACAUCAUCUUUGAGGUGAGAGACGAGCAGCAGCUGAAUUCAUGGAUGGCUGAGCUCCGGGAGUCCACAGGCCGAGGCAGGCUGGAGAGCACAGAUGCAGAGAUGCACGUUCCCUCAGCCCUGGAACCCAGCACAUCCAGCUCCCCAAGGGGCAGCACAGAUUCCCUGAACCAAGGUGCUUCUCCUGGGGGGUUGUUGGACCCAUCCUGCCAGAAAACAGAUCAUUUCCUGUCCUGCUACCCCUGGUUCCAUGGCCCCAUCUCCAGAGUGAAGGCAGCUCAGCUGGUUCAGCUGCAGGGCCCUGAUGCUCAUGGAGUGUUCCUGGUGCGGCAGAGUGAGACCCGGCGUGGGGAGUAUGUACUCACAUUCAACUUCCAGGGCAUAGCUAAGCACCUGCGCCUGUCACUGACUGAGCGAGGCCAGUGCCGAGUGCAGCACCUCCACUUUCCCUCCAUCGUGGACAUGCUACACCACUUCCAGCGCUCACCCAUACCGCUCGAAUGUGGUGCUGCUUGUGAUGUCCGGCUUUCCAGCUAUGUGGUAGUUGUCUCCCAGGCACCAGGUUCCUGCAACACUGUCUUGUUCCCUUUCUCCCUCCCUCGUUGGGAUUCAGAGCUGGGCCUUCCCCACCUUAGCUCUUCUGGCUGUCCCCGGGGGCUCAGCCCAGAGGGUCUCCCAGGCCGAUCCUCACCGCCAGAGCAGAUUUUCCACCUGGUGCCUUCACCCGAGGAACUGGCCAACAGCCUGCGGCACCUGGAGCCGGAGCCUGAGCAUCGAGCCUGGGACUCAGACUAUGAAAUGGACUCAUCAUCCCGGAGCCACCUGCGGGCCAUAGACAAUCAAUACACACCUCUCUGAUCAGGGUGGAGUCCCAGGCCUCAACAGUUGCCCAGAGGAGCACAAGCAGAGAUGUGAAUGUAAUCUUUCCUUCCUUCCAGAGAGAGAUUUAAGGGACACUGUUAACUGCUUGUUCCAGUUUGGAUGUGACCCUUCUAUUAGGCCUGUUAAAGGGCCUCCUAUAAGUUUCACCUAGCACCUGGCUUUCUCAUUGUUUACAGAUGUAGUUCUUGUUUGCUGAUGUGGGCUAGCUCCUGCCCUAUGCCCCUAAGACCAGUCCCCAUCACUCUUAAGAGGAGAGGGUGGGGUGAGGGCUGGACCUGGCAGUGGACAUUUGUUCUCUUUUUCACUGACACUGUCACAGCUGAUGACAGACUUUAUACGGGAAGGGGAGGGGUCACCAGCAAGCCCAAAACACUAACAAGCCCUGGAUUCUCACACAGUGUUCCCAUUGUAGCUUCAGUCCACAUGGCAGGGCUGCUGUAUGUUUGCCAUAGAUUGACCACACCUAAUCCUGCUUCUACUGUUAGCUUUAGGACAAAAACUGUCAGAGGGACAAAAGCUAAAGGUCAAAAAUGAUUUUAAACAUUUUACCUCAGAUUAAUUUUUUUAAAGGAUUCAGGUUUCAAAACUAAACCAUUCUUAGUUACCCAUGAGAUUUUUAUAGUCAGACAGCUAUGCAAACCCUACUGGACUGGUUCAUAGUCUUAGCCAGGAUGCCUGGCUUCCUUUUCUGUUGCAUCCUGGGGACAGUCACCUGCUGAGCAAUGUCUUUCCUCAAUGUAAUGAAGUGAAGGGUGCCAUCCUUUCAGGGAAAUUCAGGCUAUUACUGAGAUAGGAGGAUGGCAAAGAACAGUCCUACCCUGGUGCCUUAUGAAUAAAAACACAGAUUGUGGUUUACAGCAGCUUUACAGUGAGAGUUAAAUUAACUGGAGUUUGAGGGCGGGACAAAUGAAAACGGAAGGAGGGCUCCUGGGCCCUUUCUAGUAAGUAAAUCCUUCAGCAACAGGGCUGGCUCAGAGCCUUUCAGGCAUCUAAUGGCUUAUUAAAUUAUCCCACAAGUGGGUUUUAGGUUCAUUUUUGAGCCAAAAUGGAAGCCAGGGAUCUGGUGCCAUAGCUAAUGAGAAACUCUUUUAAUAGCCCACAAUCAGUGUUCUGUUCCAGCAUGUUACUGCUUCAUUUAUGUCCAAGCACACAUGGGCACACACAAUCUCCACCAUCAAGAGAGGUCCUAAAGUCAAAUCUCCAUCUAUACUUGCCUUUCAUAAGUGCUACAAUUCACAGGGGGGCUGGCUCCUCCCAGAACCUUCAUGUAGAAGCUUAGAAAAAAGAGGAGGCAGUGACAGAGUGAACUCAGCUGCCCCUGGAUGCCAGCAGAGCCAUUCAGUAUAGCCCAGCUAUCAGGCUCCCCUCCCUGUAGUGGUUUCUAGGAAACCUGGGAGUUUAGUAUAGUUUAAGAUUUACAGGUACAUCACAGGCCAAGAUGAAACAUGGGCCUAAAGGUAACAGUACUGCCGGCCUUAUCUGGGGAGAAAAUCUGGCCUGUUGUUUCUGGGCUUCUUGGGAGGAGGUGGGGAAUCACCCAUCUCUGUACCACUUUUAAACUUCAAGAACCAUAAAGUAGCUCCAACACUGAUCCAGUUUGUGGUCCAUUUUUAAGGCCACCUGUCUUUAUUUUCUCUAAAGCUGAUUCCUCUAGAAAAUGAAUGCUAAGUAGUAUGAACCAAAGAAGUAAUGUUCUGGAUGUCUUUUUUAGAAAGGAAAGCUCAUCUCAGAAAGUCAAUGCUGAUGAAUAAUUGGUCCUGAUUUUCUUCCUGUCUAUACAGGAAAGGGGCCAGGUAGAUGAUGAACCAAUUAAAUUCCUGCCCUCCAGCCAGAAGUUUCAACAUCUGGGAUAUGGCAUCUUCAAGCCAGGGGAACACAUUUCUUAGCAGCCUCUCAACAUUUCUCUCUCAGGUAGUGCCAAAAGGCACACCAGGUACAAUAAACUUGGCAGUUCUACUCAUUAGUUGCCAAGUACAAGCUUGGAUUUCAUGAAGAGGACUGGAAGUCACCCUCCUCCAUACUGCUCUCUUUCUAAACAUGUCCUAGUUACCAGGACAGGUCAAAUACAUUCUGACAGAAAGCCCCCUCAUGGCCUUGGGAGGAAGUUGACACUAAGCCAAUGCCUGUUCUUUGUGUUAGAGCAGGCCUAGCUGAGGUAGAGGUGGCAGCGGUGUGGGGCAGAACCUCUUGGCCACAGGUAGCCCCUCAUGGGUACGGCACGUUCUACCACUCUCCUCCCAGUUCUGAUGGGCCCAGGCCUUAGUGCCAAUCUAGGCAGCAGGCAUCACGAUCCCUCCAGUUAGCUCUAAUUAUAGACAAGUAUAGCUUGACAGUUUCCAGCACCAUCUCUUUCUUCAUCUGACUUUGUUAAACUUUUACAAACUAACAGUCACCAGCACCAAAGAAUUAAGUCAACUAACCUGCCUUGAAUUUUAGACCAGCAAUCCAUAUGGCUUUAUCUGGUAUAGGUCUUCUGCCUUUGAUCAUUUCUGGACCAUAUAGGAAAAAGGAAUAGUGAUCAUUAAAAUCUUGGGCCAGAGAACACUAUUUUUACAUUAGUUUCUUAACCUAAAAUCAAGGCCUCAAACUCUUCUGAGGUUGCCUGAGGUUCCUUCAUGCUUUUUAUUCAGGGCUAAGUCUCCUGUUGCACAUGUCAUGUUAGCUCUAACAUCUCCCACAGGCUAGAGGAACUUGGUAGCAUUAUUAUCCACUGAGUCUUAACGAGGACACAUCUGACAUCCAGUGUUUAGUUUAAAUACACAGCACAUUGUGGUAACAAAAAGUGGAUUCAUCUUGUAUCAUAGGCAGAAGGUAUUUGGCAAAUUUUUAUGUAUUGUUUAUGUACUGUACAAGUAACUUAUUCUUAAAUAAUGCAAAUUUUGCUAUAAUGUACAAAUUGCUAUAUGUGAAUUAAAGGUUUUCAGAAUCUUGA